AUUCAACGACAAAAUGGGAAAGUGUUCUGCUAACGAUGUGUCGACGAAUCAAUGUUUUGGCGGAUCAGCAAGACUCGCUACUGCUGUUCGAACGAUUCGUCAGCAGGAUAGGAACGUGCUGCUUUUGGAUGCUGGCGACCAGUUCCAGGGAACGCUGUGGUAUGCGAUUCUGAAGUACCGCCCCGCGGCUGAAGUGAUGACCGAGCUGAAGUAUGAUGCCAUGGCAUUCGGCAACCACGACAGCAACGUAAAUUCCACCGGCAGUGCUCUUGACGGAUCAUACGUUGAUACCCUGAUUCUGAACUACGACACAAAGAAGGUGGGCAUUAUCGGCUACACUACGACCUCAACACCUCAGAUUUCGAAGCCGGGAUCAGAAAUUACUUUCCUGGACGAAAUAAGCAGCUUGCAGCAGGCCGUAUCAAAGCUACAAGCGAACGGUGUAGAUAUCAUCAUCGCGCUUGGUCACUCCGGCAUUUCCAAGGAUAGAGAGAUAUGCCAAAAAGUUUCUGACGUGGACAUCGUAGUUGGAGGGCACACCAAUACUUUUCUAUACACCGGCGAAGUACCGUCGAAAGAAGUACCUGAAGGUUCCUACCCUGAGGUGUACACAAAUAGUAAAAAACGGUGUUUGGUAGUAACUGAUUUUGCCUUUGGGAAAUAUCUCGGAUACCUACGUGUUUCUUUCGAUGGCAAUGGCUCAGCUUGCAGGCUGAGGGAGUGCAAUCUGGGCAACAUGGUGAUUGACGCAGCGGUGUAUGCUUACGUGUCAAAGUUCAGCAGCAGAUCUAACAGCAGUUACUGGACGGAAAGCGCCGUUGGAAUCAUGAACGGUGGCGGGGUCAGAGAAUUGGAGAAAGAUGCCGGACAGAACAUUACCUUGGAAGAUCUGUACAGCGUUCUGCCAUUUGGAAAUACAUUCAACCUGAUAAAACUCAUGGGAAGCACGAUACGAGCUGUUUUCGAACACUCAGUGAAUCAGUACAGCGAAACUGAAACUCAUGGUAAGUUCCUGCAGGUGUCUGGAAUAAGAGUGGUGUACGAUCUCAGUAAACCAAACGGCAGAAGAGUGAAACUGCUGUCCCUGCUUUGUAGCAACUGUACACUACCAAAAUACGAACAGCUGGUCGACAAUGCAACAUACAGCAUUAUUGUUCCUUCGUAUUUGAAAAAUGGCGGCGAUGGCUACGACAUGAUCAAAAAAUACAUGCUAUACACUGACUUAUCAGAUAACAGUGACAUAGAAGUUGUCAUGCAGUACCUGAAAGUUCACAAUCCAUUCAUGACUGGUGUCGAAGGCCGCAUAUCGUUUGUUGGCGAAUCAGAGUACAAACAAUUUUGCAAUUUUGGAUCACGAGCUCUAUCGUCUUUUCGACUGUUUAGUAUCAUUCUGUGUAUAUAUGUUUUACGAGCAUGAUG